AUGCGUUCCUACAGCAGCCGGCUCUUCUUUGCCUGGGCCGUUGUGCCCGCCCUUGUGGCUCGCGCGAAUCCAAUUGUCCUCGGACGCACGGAGGCCUUGGUAGCGGCACACGUUGCGCCGAGAUCACUGGCGAUCCAGGGGCCGGUCUUGACUUCCAAAUGGUUCGAGGGCAGCGACUACGUUCAGGUUGUCGAGAUGGUACUGCGCAAUACGGACAAUGUCAACGCGUUCAUCGCCGCCGACAAGCUCACCAUCACUGCCGUGUCCGAUUCUGUGGAGCUGGUCCAGCCCGCGUUGGUCAGACGUAUCAUGCCGGGACAGGAGGUUGUGGUUCAGAUUGGGGUCAAGAACAAGCCCACGACGCCACGUGGAACCUCGUGCUCCGUGACCAUCCAGGCGAGCUGGGGCGAGUCUUUGAGCACCUCAACUACUGCCUCGGGAGUCUGUGGUUUCGGCGACUACGCGGCCGACCGGACCAGUCUGUCGCGGCACUGGACGCCCGACUGGUACAACAAUGCCAAGUUCGGCAUCUUCAUCCACUGGGGCAUCUAUUCCGUCCCCGCCUUUGGCAACACGGGCAGCAGGCAGGAUUAUGCCGAGUGGUACUGGAAACGCCAGCACGAACCCGACUACCGAUCCCAGACCUACCAGUACCAUCUUGAAACCUAUGGUCCCGACGUCGAGUAUGACGACUUUAUCGCCAAUUUUACUGCCGACAAGUUUGACCCCAAAGAGUGGCUUGAUUUGUUUGCCGAGGCCGGCGCUCGAUACUUUGUGCCUGUUACGAAACACCAUGACGGCUUUGCACUGUUCGACACUCCUCCGACGACCAGUUUACGCAAUUCAGUGCAACUCGGACCAAAGCGUGACUUUAUCAGGGAGCUUUUUGAUGCUGCCAAAAAAUACCAUCCGACCAUGCGCAGGGGAACAUACUUCUCUCUACCCGAAUGGUACCAUCCCCAGUAUGCCCAGUACGGCAUAGAGUGGGGUGGAGGAUUCCCUGGUGGGCCACCAACAAACCCUUACAAGAACGAGGUGGUGCCAUACACGGGGUACGUGCCCAUCGACGACUUUGUGGUCGACCUCCAGCUGCCACAGAUGAACACCAUUGCCUACGACGACCGCUACGAAACCGAGCUCAUGUGGUGCGACAUCGGAAACGCCAACAACUCGACCCUUUUCGCCUCGGCCUGGAUCAACUGGGCACGAGACCGCGGGAGGCAGGUGACCUUCAACGACCGGUGCGGCAUCCCGGGCGACUUUGCGACGCCCGAGUACUUUACGCACGACGGGCUGGUCGUUCCCAAGUGGGAGUCGAGCCGCGGGAUGGAUCCGUUCUCCUACGGCUACAACCGCCCGACGCCCGACGCGGCCUACCUCACGGGCCUCGACAUCGUCAAGUCGCUGGUCGACAUCGUGUCCAAGAACGGCAACCUGCUGCUGGACGUGGGGCCGAGGGCCGACGGCACCAUCCCCGAGGUGAUGCGCAGGGGCCUGCGGGACGCCGGCGGCUGGAUACGUUCGCACGCCGAGGCCGUCUUCGACACGCGCUUCUGGCAGCACGGCCCCGGCAGGGACCCCUUCCGCUACACGGUCACCGACGAUGCCUUUUAUAUUCACGUCAACGCGCGCCCGGCCGGGGGCGGUGCCGUCUUGGUCGUGCCCGACCGCGUCCCGUUUCUGGAUGGCGACAAGGUGGUGGUGGUGGGGGGUGCUCUGGCCGGGACCGAGGUUCCUGCCGCGCUCAACGCUGAUGGAACGGUUGGCCUGUCCCUGUCGGACGAGGUGGUUGCUGCCGAUGACUACGUCUGGGUGUUCAAGAUACAAUACAACUUGUAG